GUAACUUUUUUGCAUUCACAACUCUCAUCUAAAGCGCUCGUUGUUGAUUUUUCGAAAAGUUGUGUCGUCGUUGUGUGUUGACAAGAACUUAAAUAUAAUUUUAAAAACACAAUUGAGUUUAAGAAGUGCGAAACUAGCCAAGAAUUCAAAUUAAAAUGGGUGAUUAUAACUGCGGUACCUUGAUCAAAAUAGAGGAAGACAACAAGGAUACAAAAAAGCACUUUACUGAAGCCUUAGUGAAAGAAUCAAAACCGAGUAACAUUGAAAAAACAUAUAAGAGUUGUUUUACAACCCACAACGAUAAAAAAACAAUAAACGAGGAUUCUUAUAAACUUAAUGAAACAGGAGAUGUGCCAAGAAUUAAAAUUGAAGAAGGUGAGACGGAUGAUUAUUACUGUAAAUCCAUAAUUGAAAAAGAAGAAAACAAUGAGCAACAAAAAACGAUCGAUGGCAAUUCGUACGAAUUUACUGAAGAGAAAAUUAAAGUUGAAAUUAAAGAAGAAACUGAUGAUUAUAACAGCUGUCCCAUGAACAGAAUAGAUGAAGAAAAUGAAGAUACGAAAGAGAACAUUAUCGAAGCCUUAAUGAUGAAACCAAGUCUGACUUGCUUUGAAAAAUCAUAUAAUAGUUGCGGAACGGUCCAAAAUUAUCGUUAUAAAACAUUCGACGGGAUUUCAUACUAUGUCGGAGAAACGUGCAACGAAACUAUAGUCAAAGAAGAAACCGACCUAGGGGUUGGCAAUUAUUUCGAAUCUGUGAUUAAAAUUAAAAAAAAAAGUUUGUCGGAUGUACAAACAACAAAAAACGAUCUGGAGGAGAUACAGUCAUUUGUCUGUGAUAUGUGUAAAAAAUCAUUCGAGACCAAAAGGAGAGUGGCCUGGCACAUUAGUCAUUCACAUAGUGCGCACUCAACAACCCAGCAAAGUUCUGGAAAACAAGACGUUGAAAAUAAUAUCACUGUCAAUCAUACGACUGUUGGAGUAACUGAUGGAUACACUGGCAACAUUGGACGACCCUAUAAAUGCGGCGUGUGCCUAAAGUCGUUUACUGCAAAAUCCUCUCUUACAGUACAUAAACGCGUUCACACUGGGGAAAAGCCUUAUAAAUGUAACGUGUGCCUAAUAUCAUUUUCUAUAAAAUCCUGUCUUACAGUACACAAACUCGUGCACACUGGCGAAAAGCCUUAUAAAUGUGUUGUGUGCUCAAAAUCGUUUUCUCUGAAACCCUACCUCACAAAACACGAACGCGUACACACUGGCGAAAAGCCCUACAAAUGUAACGUGUGCCUGAAGUCAUUUUCUGAUACAUCCACUCUUACAGUACACAAACGCGCGCACACUGGCGAAAAGCCUUAUAAAUGUGUUGUAUGCUCAAAGUCGUUUUCUGAUAAAUCCACUCUCGCAAAACACAAACGCCUGCACACUGAUGAAAAGCCCUACAACUGUGACGUUUGCUCAAAAUCAUUUAAUCAAAAAGUCCACUUUGAACAACACAAACGCGUGCAUACAGGAGAGAAACCCUACAAAUGUAAUGUGUGUUUAAUGAAAUUUUCUGUAAAAUCCUCUCUUUCACUACACAAACGCGUGCACACUGGCGAAAAGCCUUAUAAAUGUUUGGUGUGCUCGAAAUCGUUUUCUCGAAAACACGACCUCACAAGACAUAAUAAACGCAUGCACGCUGGUGAAAUGUUUAUUAAAUUUAAAAGUAUACAUCGUGCUUGAAUUUUUUUUUUUUUUAAAUAACAUCUAACAAAAGCACAAACGUUGGCACAUUUAUGAGAAACUUAAUUGUAAGUAAUAUUAAUUAUUAUGUUGUUUUAACAAGCGGGUUAGUACUCUGCAGCCUUAUUUUUAUCGAUAGUUUGAUAUUGGUAUUAUUUGUAUCAUAAAUAUAUUGUUAUUAUUAGUCAUAUAAUUUAUUAUUUGGUUUUGAAUAUACAUUUUUUAUUUCUA